AUGAUCAUUGAGAACGUGGACGCCCUCAAGACCUGGCUGGCCAAGUUACUGGAGCCGAUAUGUGAUGCAGACCCUUCAGCCUUAGCUAACUAUGUUGUGGCAUUAGUCAAGAAAGACAAACCAGAGAAAGAGCUGAAGGCUUUCUGUGCUGAUCAGCUAGACGUCUUUCUGCAGAAAGAAACUUCAGGUUUUGUAGAUAAACUAUUUGAAAGUCUGUACACAAAGAACUACCUUCCUUCCCUUGAACCAGCAAAACUAGAACCGAAGCCUGCAGGUCAGGAAAAAGAAGAAAUCAAAGAGGAGAUAUUUCAAGAGUCGUUUGAGGAAGAACGAGAUGGCAGGAAAAAGAAGUAUCCUAGCCCACAGAGAAACCGUUUAGAUUCUAAUGAACAAAGAACCAGAGAGAGAAAGAGAGAUGAUGGCAAAUGGAGAGACUAUGACAGAUACUAUGAUCGGAAUGAUUUAUAUAGAGACAAAUACGACUGGCGAAGAGGCAGGAGUAAAAGUCGUAGUAAAAGCAGAGGGUUAAGCCGAAGUCGUAGCCGCAGCGGGGGUAGAAGCAAAGACCGGGAUCUGAACAGAAAUAUUGCGGAACACAAAGAGAGAGCAAAAUUCAAGAGUGAAAGGAAUGACAUGGAGAGCUCAUAUAACCCAGUGUCUUUGUCAUCCAGUAAUUCUACUGAACAGUAUUCCUCUGCGCAGUCUAUUCCCAGUGCUGUUACCGUGAUUGCACCUGCUCACCAUCCUGAGAACACAACAGAGAGUUGGUCAAAUUAUUAUAACAAUCAUAGUGUUCCCAAUUCAUUUGGCAGAAACCCUCCUCCUAAAAGACGAUGUCGAGAUUAUGAUGAGCGAGGAUUUUGUGUACUUGGCGACCUUUGCCAAUUUGAUCAUGGAAAUGACCCUUUAGUAGUAGAUGAAGUUUCAUUGCCAAGCAUGAUUCCUUUUCCACCACCACCCCCAGGACUCCCCCCUCCUCCUCCUCCUGGUAUGCUAAUGCCUCCAAUGCCAGGUCCAGCUCACAAUAUGAGAAUGCCAGGCCCACAAGUACAUCCUCGGCCACCACCUCCGGUCGUGCUUCCUGUAUCAAGACCACCUUUAACACAGUCAAGUUUGAUGAAUAACCGUGACCAGCCUCGGACAAGUGCGGUGCCCAAUCUUGCACCAGUGGGAGCAAGACUACCUCCUCCUUUACCCCAGAACCUACUGUAUACAGUAUCAGAACAUACGUAUGAGCCAGAUGGUUAUAACCCUGAAGCACCUAGUAUUACCAGUGCUGGUAGAUCUCAGUACCGACAGUUCUUUACUAGAACACAGACACAGCGUCCAAAUCUGAUUGGCCUAACAUCUGGGGAGAUGGAUACAAAUCCAAGAGCGGCCAACAUUAUCAUCCAGACUGAAACUCCCAUUUCCAUUGCAAAUAACAGCAGCAAUGUAACCAGAGUGGUGCUUGAGCCAGACAACAGGAAAAGACCUCCAAGUAGUAUGGAAGGCCCACCUGUAAAGAAACCCUGGAUGGGAAAGCAAGCCAAUAACCAGAAUAAACCAGGAUUUCUGAAAAAGAAUCAGUACACUAACACCAAGCUGGAAGUUCGAAAAAUCCCACCUGAGUUGAAUAAUAUUACACGACUCAAUGAACAUUUCAGCAAAUUUGGAACUAUUGUUAACAUUCAGGUUGCUUUCAAGAAUGAUCCUGAAGCUGCUCUAAUUCAGUAUUUAACUAACGAUGAGGCCAGAAAGGCCAUUUCCAGCACAGAGGCAGUUUUAAACAAUCGAUUUAUAAGGGUGCUGUGGCAUAGGGAAAAUGAGCAGCAGCCACCACUGCUGCAGCAACACCUGCACCAUCACCAGCAGCCACCACCACAAUCUCUGCAUCACCAGCUUCAUCUUCAACAACAAACACUGACUGCCCAACCUCCAGCUGCAACGGUACAUAGCAAUGUGUCAAAGGUGAUAACUAAACCACUGGCAUCGGGUGCCUAUGUCCUUAAUAAGGUUUCAGUUAAACGUCGCCUUGGAGCAGCAGGUGGAAACCAGACCGAUGCAGCACAUUUGUUAAACCAGUCCAGUGCUACUGCAGAGGAUUCUCAGACAUUUCCUACUUCUACAAGCCAUACAAAAAUGGUGUACAAUUCCCCAAACUUAAAGACAUCUGUGAAAUCUGGCACAGGAUCUAAAUCCCAUGACGUUCAAGAGGCCCUUAAAAAGAAACAGGAGGCAAUGAAGCUACAACAAGAUAUGAGAAAAAAGAAGCAGGAGAUGUUAGAAAAACAAAUAGAAUGCCAAAAGAUGUUGAUAUCUAAGCUGGAGAAAAAUAAGGCCACGAAACCAGAGGAGAGGGCAGAAAUAAUGAAGACCUUGAAAGAACUAACAGGAAAAAUCUCUCAAUUAAAGGAUGAAUUGAAAACUUCUUCUGUAGCCUCCACGCCAUCAAAACUGAAGUCCAAGACAGAGGCACAAAAGGAGCUUUUAGAUGCAGAACUGGACUUUCAUAAAAGAUUGUCUUCUGGAGAAGAUACAACAGAGUUGCGGAAAAAGCUCAGUCAACUACAGGUUGAGGCUGCCCGUUUAGGUAUCUUGCCUGUAGGUCGAGGAAAGGCGAUAUCUGCUCAGGGCAGAGGAAGAGGACGAGGUCGUGGUGGGAGAGGAAGGGGCACAUUGAAUCAUAUGGUGGUGGAUCAUCGUCCCAAAGCUCUAACUGUCGGUGGCUUCGUGGAAGAGGAGAAAGAUGAAUUAUUACAACAUUUCUCUGCUGCUAACCAAGGAUCAAGAUUCAAAGACCGAAGACUACAGAUAUCAUGGCACAAACCUAAGGUACCGUCUGUGUCCACAGAAAUUGAGGAAGAGGAGUCCAAGGAAGAGGAGACUGAAACCUCAGAUUUAUUUUUGCACGAAGAUGAUGACGAUGAUGAUGAAGAUGAAGAUGAAUCCCGUUCUUGGAGAAGAUGA